UUCCGGUAUCGGCAUUGCGGACAUCAGUUGGCCUCGCACAGCCGCAUCAACCAUGGAAUCUCAGCGCUCUUACGGCACCCGCACCCUUUACGCAUCCGUAACCGCUGCCUGCCUGAACGGGUUGUCGGUCGGUAACUUGGCGGGUUGGCCACAAGCCGCGAUCCCGCAGCUGCUGUCAGGAUCGGCCGGCGGCGUGAUUUUCAACGAGUCCGAGGUAGCAUGGAUCGCGGGCAUUUUUUUCCUGGGCAUGCUGGCUGGGGGCUUUGUGUCACUGGCCGUUGCCUCGAACUAUGGGAAAAAACGACUGUUCCUGCUCGCCUCUCUGCCGAUGAUGCUUGGCUGGUCGAUUAUCGCGGUCGCCACAACCUUCUGGGAAUUCGUGUUCGGCCGGGUGGUCCUGGGCAUCGGUGGUGGAAUGCUCUGCCACCAGACCGAAAUGUACCUGUCGGAGGUGUCACCGGCCAAACGGCGCAGCAGCAUGUCCGUCCUGUUUUGCGCGUGCAUCCACGUGGGCGUGCUAUUGAGCUUCGGCAUCGGGCCGAGCUUGAGCGUGAGCUCGGCAACGGCCGUCUACCUGGCGGUGGUGUUGCUCCUGGUGGCGCUUUACCUCUCGGCGGUACCCGAGACCCCCUUUUGGCUGAUCCAGCAGGGCCGAAGCGACGAGGCGCUGAGCAUCCUGCGCCGCCUGAGGGGUAGUCGGGUCGACGUCACCGAGGAAUUCAGGGAGAUCCGAGAAUUCGUCGAGAGAAGCGAACUCGACACCAAAUCGGAGCUCGACUGGACGGCUUUUAAACGCGUGCUGAGCGCUCCCGCCAAGCGUAGGGCCAUCCUGCUCGUCGUUCUGCUAACUACCGCCCAGCAGUUCUCGGGCAUGGCGGCAAUGCACUCGUACGCCCAGCUGAUAUUCGAGCGCUCGGCGAGCAACCUGCUCGUGCAAGGCAGAUACGUGUCCCUGCUUAUAGGCUCGAUCGAGCUCUGUUGCACCCUGGGCAGUGGAUUUCUCGUCGAGCGGGUGAACCGUAGGAGCCUCGUCGGCAUGAGCACGGCCACCUGUUGCGCGUGCAUGCUGGUGAUGGGACUGCACUUUCACGGACUGGUCGGCGACAGUGGCGUUCUACCCGUUCUCUGUGUCGUCGUGUUUGCCCUGGCCUAUGGGCUCGGACUCUCCACCAUAGCCACAGUCAUAGCCGCUGAAUGCCUCUCGAUGGAUGCCAGAAACAUCGGGGCCGCUGCCCAGAACACCACCGUCUGCUUCUCGAUCUUCACCAUCACGAAGCUCUGGCAGAUGAUCACCAGCUCGUACGGACAAGAGUACUCGUUCUGGAUGGCCGCGGUCGUCACGGCGCUCCACUGCGCGGUGCUGCUUUCGAUUUUACCGGAGACGCGGGGAAAAUCGCUCGUCGAGAUACAAGCUUUGCUGGCCGCCUCUUCCAACUUUGAGAGGUCGCUCAGGACUAUACCGCUACUUCCGGUGCUUCAAAGCAUAAAAAUAGUACCAGCGGGUCACAUAGUCAAGAACAACGAACUGAGGCUGUCGUGAUCUCUACGCUUGGUCAGCUGUUACGUUUAACCAAAAGUUGGUUGACGAUUUUUUUUUUUUUUUUUUUUUUUUUUUUUUAAUGAAAAGAUGAAAAGAAAUUUUGUUCAGCUACACCUCGUUCCGACGUAUGAUUGAAAUAUUACCGCUGAAGGUAACAAAAGAACUGCACACAGUAAUGUACCGUCAUUAGGUUGCUUAGUCAUUAGUUUUCUAAUUUUACAUGGCUAUUUUCCCAAUGAUUGAAAACGUACUAAAAGCCCGACCACGAUAACACCAUGAUUUUUCUUCCUCCAUGGGACACCUGCGUCGUUUAUUUAGUAAAAGUACAUAAAAUGACACAAUUUUUUAUAUUAUCAUUAAGCAUCUUCGAAACAGUCUUUGAAUUGGCAGAUGAAUAUUUUUCUGCCGCUGUACAUAUGGUAGGAUAUAAUGCGGAUAAAUUAAAAUAAGUAUUUAUCAUGUAAAUAGUUUUUUUAGUGUUUAAAAAAAAAUUGCUACCAAUGGACUUUACUCGAGUACAUUGAAUGCUAUUUUUAAUAUUUUCGAUAAUAAUAUAACAAUAAAUGUUA